AUGUCUUCCCUCGCUGAACCUCGCCGCCCUCGUCUUCUCGCCCAAAAUCGCAAGCUUCGUCACCUCCACGGAAUAUGGCUGCGCAACUUGUCCUUCGCGCCGACGAGUCUUAGGACAGCCGACGAUGCGGAUCUUGCUACCAGUUGGAGCAAAUUGCCCGUGUUGAGGGAGUCAAACCAAUUGCAUCCGUCAAAAUCGUCGGAGAGCUUGAGGAAGGAUAGCAAGCGACCCGAUCUGCGACCCCAGCAGAAGCGCAGGACGAGUCUGAGCUUGGCGCAUAUUAAUCCCCUCGCGAGGCAGAAGAAGCUGGAGACAUUGCUUGAGGAGUCUGCUGGCGAUGUAUUCUAUUCGCUACAUGUGGAUGGGAAUGAUGAUCCUGUCUACGUCAGCGAAGUGCGCGAGCGUGCGACGAGUUUUAACUUCAAGUUCUUCAGCCUCGAAAACUGUGCAUCCGCAAUCUCAAGAUGUUAUUCCCUUGUGAUACGAAUUUGGGCAAGGCGACCGAAAGCUGAAACGUGGACCUUUCUUCUCGACGAAACGAUCGACCUCCGCAGACUCAACUUUAUAGGCACGCUUAUGGACCGAAACUUCCCACCGAACGCGUUGAUAUUCCAUCUCGAGGACGGCGUUUACUCCUUCGAUUUCCCGAAUAAGAUAUCCGAACCGAAGCAAGCACCUCCUACAGCUACCUCGUCGUACAAUGCGCUCAUGAAGCUGGCCAACCUUGAAAGCUCGAUAGAAGACGCCAUAGAGACGCAGCAGCGAUUGAUGGAAGAAAUAAACCACAUGUUAGACGAUAGUCCUGUGGACAGAUCAGGAACGGCGCGGGAAGCCGUUGCGAUGGCAGACAAGUUUGUGGCGGCGCAACGACGUUCAAACAACAGCACGCAAAAGAAACGAGACGACCUUCGAGAAUCGAUCAAAGCCCGUCGCGAAGCUAUUGUCAAAGGGAGGGAACUUCAGACUCAAGCUGAGACAGACAUGGCCAACAAUAGAGAGAAGUUGGCAGCUUCUGAGGAGCUUCUAGAACAAACCCAGCAACAGAUCCGAGGCCAGCGAAGGCGGAUUUGCUCCGACCUCACAGACAUAUUUCCUAUUACGCCAAUCCCUAAUGCGCCACCACUUUCGUUCCAGAUAUGCAAUAUACCACUUCCCAACUCGACAUACGAUGCCUCUAUUGCGAAACAUAUCUCUGAGGAUGUCUUAUCAGCUGGACUCGGCUUCGUUGCAUUGCUUGCAAAGCACCUACAGUUUUACUUAUCAUAUCCACUACCUUAUCCACUCGAUUGGUUCGGCUCUCGAUCAUACGCGCGCGACGGCAUCUCCUUGCUCUCGGAAAAGACCGCCUCGCGUAGAGAGUUCCCAUUAUAUCUUCCCCGCGGUGGUUCAACAGCUGGACAGUGGCGUUUCGAGUAUGCAUGGUUCCUACUCAACAAGAACAUUGAGGCGCUUUGCUCGUCGCAAGGCCUUCGUGUUGUCGAUAUCCGCCAUACUCUUCCCAACAUCAAAUAUCUGUUAUAUGUCUGCAGCGCCGGGAGCGACCAGGUCCCCGAGCGCAAAAAGGGCGGCGUCCGCGGCUUGUGGGCUGGCAGGAUUAAGGGUAGAAUGUCGACCAUGUCAGCUCAGUUGGAUGGCGAUUCUGGUAGUCUCACCGAGAGUCGCAGAGGGAGCACGGACAGCGAGGUCAAUCAACAGAGCGACGCGUUGAGAGCUGCCCUCCUCAAGAGCAAUGGACACAACAAGGAUGAUGCACAUAUCGAGAGUCUUGAGGAUGUUGUCGCACUGCCUUUCGGGGACGGCGAUACGAAAUUCACAUUAAGGACAAAGGGCUUAAGAGAGAACGUAUCCAGAUGA